ACAUUUGUCAGCGGAAGGUCCAGAUAAGCCACGCCCCUUCGUCUAUGAUCGUUCUAUGGAAGAUAUAAUAGAAGAAAAAUAACAAUCUGGAACUAUGGAUCACUACAAUGUUAUAGCAAAUCAGCCAGUUGUAAUCGACAAUGGUUCUGGUGUUAUCAAGGCUGGAUUUGCAGGCGAUCAAGUACCAAAAUGCCACUUUGCAAAUUAUGUUGGUCGACCAAAGCAUGUACGAGUUAUGGCUGGAGCAUUAGAGGGAGAUAUUUUCAUUGGCCCAAGAGCACAGGAACAUAGAGGUCUUUUGAACAUUCGUUACCCAAUGGAGCAUGGUGUUGUUACUGACUGGAAUGACAUGGAAAGAAUAUGGCAGUUUAUUUAUUCAAAAGAUCAAUUACAAACAAGAUCUGAAGAGCAUCCAGUUCUUUUGACAGAAGCGCCAAUAAAUCCGAGACGAAACCGAGAGAAGGCAGCUGAAAUCUUCUUCGAAACCUUCAAUGUUCCUGCAUUGUUCGUCUCUCUUCAAGCAGUUCUAAGUUUGUACUCAACUGGUCGUACAACUGGUGUCGUAUUAGAUGUUGGUGAUGGUGUCUCUCAUGCUGUUCCUAUUUAUGAGGGCUUUGCAAUGCCUCAUUCUAUCAUGAGAACGGAUUUAGCUGGCAGGGAUGUCACACGUUAUUUACGUUUGUUGUUAAGAAGAGAAGGAUUCAAGUUUCAUACAUCUUCAGAAUUGGAAAUAGUUAAACAAAUUAAAGAGCAAGUCUGUUACUUUAUGUUGAAUCCUUACAAAGAGGAGCCAAUGGACACAGAUAAAGCGAGAUUUACUCUCCCUGAUGGCAGUAUACUUGAUCCUGGCUCGUCAAGAUAUCGAGCACCAGAAUUAUUAUUUAGACCUGAUCUUAUUGGAGAGGAAUCAGAGGGGAUACACGAGGUUUUAGCUUUCACCAUUCAGAAGUCAGAUAUGGACCUUAGAAAGACUCUUUAUGGUAACAUUGUACUUUCUGGAGGUUCGACGCUUUUUAAAGGAUUUGGCGACCGCUUAUUAAGCGAAGUUAAAAAGUUGGCUCCGAAGGAUAUUAAAAUUAGAAUUUCAGCGCCUCAGGAAAGGUUAUAUUCAACAUGGAUUGGGGGUUCCAUUCUAGCCUCUUUGGAUACUUUCAAGAAAAUGUGGGUUUCCAAGAAAGAAUGGGAAGAGGAAAACACUCGUGUGCUUCAUAGAAAGACUUUCUAGGAAAUUAUAAUUCUAGGAAUGUAUCAGUCCGCCAUGACGAAACAUUCCUAGUGGCGAAGAAGAUAAGUUAUCGGAUAAUAUAUUUCGCAGCAUACUCUAUCAACUACAAUCUUGCGCAUAACUCUUAACACGAUCCACUUCGCUUCAAACUGGGUGGAAUGUCUUUUGUUAUGUCCAGCAACUUCUGUGCUUUUUAUUGCAAACUUAGAUUGUUAUUUUCAUCAUGACGAGAAACUUUAGAAAUUUGGUUGUAUGUACAUAAUAUGUAUUGUGAUUGGUUAAUGUAUCUUAACACCAAACAAAGAUUACAAUGAUAUUCCAUGU